AUAAACCAUUUCAAACAUUCCUUUUCCUGCUUUUUAAGCCACUUGAUAGAAAGCAGGUUCUUUUUUACUUCCAAAACACUUUGUUCCUUCUUCUUCACUCCUCCUCUCGGCCUGUUCAUCACCGGCCCCCAUGGACACAGCUGCUCAAUGGCCUCAGGACAUAGUGGUGAAACCAAUGGAUGAGAUAAUAACCUGUUCAAAGCCCUCAGUGGAGAGAAAAGUGAGGCCUCAGAAAGAACAAGCCUUGAACUGCCCUAGAUGCAAUUCCACCAACACAAAGUUCUGCUACUACAACAACUACAGCCUCUCUCAGCCUAGGUAUUUCUGCAAGACAUGCAGAAGGUACUGGACUGAAGGUGGAUCUCUGAGGAACAUCCCUGUUGGAGGGGGUUCAAGAAAGAACAAGAGAUCUUCAUCCACCACUAUUAACAACAACACCAGUAUUUCUCUAUCAUCAUCAUCAUCAAAUUCAUCCAAGAAACUCCCUGAUUUAGUCCCCCAACAAAACCCUAACAAGAUCCAGGCAGUAGUUGAAACCAGCCAAGAUCUCAACCUGGGCUUCUCAGCCCACCACCAUGACUUCAAGGCCCUAACUGAAAUGAUCCAAGUCCCAAACUUCGACAGCAGCACCAAGCUUGAACUGCAAAACCCCUCUUCUUCUUCAUCAGCAAACUCUCUGGAGCUCUUGACUGGACUCCCCACAGCAACAACAACUACAAGGGGUUUGAGUUCAUCAUUCAUGGCGCCAUUACUGCCGCCGGUCAUUACGACAACCGAUCUCAACACAGUUUACUCAUCAGGGUUCCCUAAUUUGCCUGACUUCAAACCUUCUCUCAACUUCUCCCUUGAUGGGCUUGGGAGCAAUUAUGGAAGUUUCCAGGGGCUACAAGAAUCAAAUGGGAAGCUUCUUUUCCCAUUUGAAGACUUGAAACAGGUCUCCAGCAACACAAGCACUGAUGCUGAACAUAAUAGAGAUCAUCAGCAAGGAGCUGACUCCACUGGGUACUGGAGUGGAGUCAUGGGUGGAGGAUCAUGGUAAACAACUCACUCAUCAUAUAUUCCAGUAAUUAAUCAUAUUUCACAUAUAUAUAUUUAUAAUUAUUUUUUAAAAAAUUUCUUAGUGUCUUGUGGUGGGAUGAUCAUGCUUGUUUGGAAUAUUUCUUCAAAGAAAAAAAAGAAAAAUCGAAAAAGAAACUAACUUAAAUAUAUAUAUAUAGGGUUAUAUGUCUUUCCUCUCUUUUCUUGAUUAUUAAGUCUAAUUAUCUAUAAUUAGCCCUUGAUGAUGAUGAUGGUGAUGGAGUUUGAAGCUUGUUUUAGAAAUGGCUUCAUGAUGAGUUUACUAGCUAUGAGUUAAUUGGGAUGCUGUAUAGUGAUGGGAAUGAAGAAAUGAAGCCCGGAUUUUUGAAGGGCGAAAAAGCUGUAUGCAUGAGAUUAUUACUACAAAGUUGUCUGUAUUAUCAAGAAAAGAGAGGCAAGAGAGAAACCCCAGUGUUGUUCAGUGUCAUUUGGUUGCAUGCUAUAAAUUAGAAUAAUCAAAUUAUGUAUAACUGAAUUUUUGUAUUAUAUAUAUAUAUAUAUAUGAGUAUUUGUGGUGAGAGUUUUUCAGUCUAA